UGCUACGCUCAUAACUGCAUAUCAAAGCUCUUUUGGCGCCAGCCCAUCCCGCCAUUGGUGCAAUCAGCGUCCAUCGUAUCAGGUCAGGUGCCUACAACUCAACCCAGCUCCGGACAACGACGGCCUUCUAGACUCUCCAGCCGCAUCAGCAUCCGAACCUCCAAGUCCAACGAGCAGAGCGCACCCUCCUCCUCCGAUCCAGAUCCUCUCGCACAUCUACUCUAUACCAUCAUCAUGGCUCCCCUUACCCCCGCCGAAGCAGAGAACCACCAAGCGCUUCUCGAUCGUCUUGACAUCGCGCAUGUCCCCCGUCCCUUCCGCAACCCGAACUGGAGACCGUCUCAGCGUCGCAACAAGAACGUCAAGCAGCUCAUUUCCGAGAGCACAAGAAAAGAGGCAUCUGUCAUGGCCACACAGUCAAAUUCUGGCGCAACAACCCCCCUCCCCGCCACGUCCGUCAGCACCGAUGGAAGCCAAACCCCUGCCGAUGGCACCCCCCGAACCAACAUCGCGCAGGCCGCGCAGAACCUCUCAACACUGGUCUUGGAGAAGAACGCACGAGCUGCAUUUACAUCAGGACCUGCUGUUACCUACACCAACAUCGAGUCCGCGCCGUCAUUGCACCCGUCGCAACAAACCCGCUACUGCGAUAUCACAGGGCUGCCUGCUCCAUACACGGAUCCCAAGACGAGACUGAGGUAUCAUGAUAAGGAGGUCUUUAGCGUGAUCAGGACACUGGGGCAGGGAGUGCCGGAAAGUUACCUGGAACUCAGGGCAGCUCAUGUUGUGCUUAAAUGAAGUUAUGGAAGUAUUUGUUCUACGUUGUAAGAUAUCAGGAUAGCAGCCUUUAAUACACAUUUUAUGUUCGAUCGACUAAGUCAAGCCCUUUCCACCCACCUGCCCCUUUCGAGACAGGUUCAAAGAAAGCGCUCCGGCUUAUUCGCGACCUUAACAGAGUUGUUGUUAAUCUUCGCCUUGUGCUAGUUGCACUCGACUAGUACCGAUGCUCCAGGAACGAAACAUCAGUUACAGCAUCCGGGGAUGCUGUUGCCGCGGCGUGGUAUUCGAGCUGAGCCCAGGCUCGCCAGGGGUGUACAGAGAGGGUAGCUGCAGGAAUAAGAUAGACUAGUUAGGCUGUCUUGAAACCCUC